AAAUGCAAGGUUGAACUCGUGUUUUUAGUCAAAACACAUUUAAAUAUGAUGUAGUUUUUAACUGGGUGCGUUACUGGAUUAAGUGGCGCUAUUUCUGGACACCAUUCAGGUUGUUUACUGAAUUACUACUCUGAUAUUGUAAGUACUUCACGAAACUUAUAAACUAGCAGUGUUAAACAGUCAGCAGUAUGUCAGCUUUGUCUGUAUGCUGUUGGAAUAAACUGCAGCUCAGACCACUGAGACUGAAGGCAUUUCUUCAGAACACUGUCUGCAUAUGUCUUCAUCGAGACUCAAGAUUCCACAGCUCUGGGCAGCAGAGAAGGAAAAGGGUUGUUAUUACAGGAAUAGGGCUGGUGUGUCCUCUGGGCACAGGGACUGCUCUGCCAUGGGACCGCCUGAUUCAGGGCCACAGUGGCAUUGUUCCUCUUGACCCUGAGGAGUACAAGAGUGUUCCUUGUAAAGUGGCAGCAUUGGUGACCAGAGGGACUGAAGAAGGUCAGUUUAAGGAGGAAAGAUUUGCAUCUCGUGGGGAGAUCAAUAGCAUGUCACCAGCCACUGUGAUGGCUCUUGGAGCAGCUCAUCUGGCUCUGGAGGACUCUGGAUGGUACCCCAAAACCACAGAGGAACAGCUCAGUACCGGUGUGGCUGUAGGCAUGGGCAUGGUGCCACUGGAUGAAAUUGCUCGCACUUCCACCGCCUUCCAAGAAAGGGGCUACAACAGAGUUAGUCCCUUCUUUGUUCCACGCAUCCUUGUCAACAUGGCUGCUGGACACAUCAGUAUCAAACAUAAGCUGAAGGGUCCCAACCAUGCUGUGUCCACUGCAUGUACCACAGGAGCACAUGCCAUAGGUGAUGCUGCCAGGUUUAUUGCCCAUGGUGAUGCUGUUGCAAUGGUUACAGGGGGAACAGAAUCCAGUGUGUGUCCUCUGUCAAUAGCAGGAUUUGCUAGGGCACGCGCCCUUGCCACCAAAUGGAAUAAUGACCCAAAACUGGCAUCAAGACCCUUUCAUCCUGAGAGAGAAGGCUUUGUGAUGGGUGAAGGAGCAGCAGUGCUCCUGCUGGAGGAGAUGGAGCAUGCAAUGAAGCGACAAGCCAGAAUCUAUGCAGAGAUCCUGGGCUAUGGACUGUCAGGGGAUGCCAGUCACAUCACUGCACCUAGUGCAGAUGGGGAUGGAGCAUUCAGGUGUAUGUCAGCAGCUCUCAGGGAUGCUGCCAUCUCGCCGGCAGAGGUGACGUACGUGAAUGCCCACGCCACAUCCACACCUUUGGGUGAUGCUGCAGAGAAUGCAGCCAUCAAGAGACUCUUCCAGCAAAGCAUGGUGAACCUAGCCGUCUCCUCCACCAAGGGAGCUACGGGACAUCUCCUCGGGGCCGCAGGGGCUCUGGAGGCAGCAUUCACUGCAUUGGCCUGCUAUCAUGGUGUCCUACCCCCAACCCUGAACCUGGACCGCACUGAGCCAGAGUUUGAUCUGAAUUAUGUUCCCUGCACAGCACAGCCAUGGCAGACCCACGGCAGACGCGUCGCCCUCACAAACUCAUUUGGAUUUGGUGGCACCAAUGCCUCAUUGUGUCUUGCCAGUGUCUAAACUCUUCCUGAGAUGAAGUGGAAGCUUUAAACUUUUAAACUGUAACGAGAAAGUUGUAAAUACAAAUAAAUUAAUUCUACGUUUGUAUAAUAAUUUUUGUUUUGUUUUGUCACAUCAAGCACUUUUUGGAUGUGUGUAUUUACUUCUAGGAUUAUAGUGGUCUGUUAGUCAAUUUGAAAUCUCCUAUUUUCAGUUUUGAAUGAAGAUCAAUAUAAAUAAAGUCAAUGUAAAAAGACACUUUUAGAAGCCGUUAAUUCACAAAAUUUUGAAUAGUACAGUGAACAAGAUGAUAAAAACAACUGUGCAAAAACUCAAUAUCCUCACCACUAACAGUUUACAUGGUAUGAGAAAUUAGCUGCUUGCAUUACCUGUAGACAAAAAUUUUGCAAACACUGAACAUUUUGCAUCCCAUAUUACGCAAGAAAAUAUUCUCACAGGUUUAGAUUCCAUAGAAUAUAUCCCCU